AUGGGCUUCCUUCGCCAAACGGGGACAUUAGUCCAUAAAAACUUCAUCAUACUCAUACGACACCCGUUUACUUUCGCCUUUAAUUCGUUUAUUCUGCCUGUUAUCCUCGCCAUCUUCUUCGGCGUGGCCCAGAACCUCCUCCUACCCCCCGUCACCUUCGGCGUUGGCGAACCCGCUCCCAUCCGCUCCCUCUCUCAGGCCCUGGGAGAAUCCGACUCCCGUCAUCGAAUCGUUUUCGUCAACAGCGGCUUCGAUGAUGGCCCGAUCGACCGUGUGAUCGACACUCUUGUCACCGAAGCCGAGUCGGUCGACGGUAUCGAAGUCCUCCGUCGUCAGAGCGAGCGCGACCUCAACGUAGACUGCGAGCCCGGCCAGCGAGCCGUGACCGAUUGCUUCGGUGCCGUCGUUUUCCAUUCGUCGCCUACCGAGGGCGACGCCGGUAUCUGGAGCUACACCCUCUUCCACGAUGGCGCCAUCACCGGUUUCCGCAUCAACGUCAACAGCAACCGCAACGAUAUGGACCGCUACCUGUUACCGCUUCAGAAGGCUGUGGACGGGGCCAUUUCCGAUGUCGCCCGCGCGAACGCUUCCGACGAUGCCGCCGACUCAUCCGCUCCCCGGCCCGCCGAUCUUCCCGCCACCAUCGACCGCUAUCCCUUCACCACCAGGACCGAAGAAGAGUACCGAGAGGACGUGCGGAGGAAUUACCAGACGAGCGUCAUCAACUUCCUAGCCGUCGCCUUCCUGACCACCAUCAUUCUCGUCGCCUACCACAUGACCGGGUUCAUCGCCGCCGAGAGGGAGAGUGGCAUGAUCCAGCUCAUCGACGCCAUGAUGCCCGUUCGGAAACGCUGGAUCGCCCAGCUUGCCCGCAUCCUGUCCUACCACAUUACCUUCUCUCUCCUGUACCUUCCGGGCUGGGUCAUCAGCGCCAUCGUGCUGCAGAUCAGAAUCUUCUCCUUCACCAACAUGGGCAUCGUGCUUAUCUACUACAUCAUCGCCGGUCUGGCCAUGACCUCAGCCGCUCUUCUCAUCUCGUCUUUCUUCCAGAAGGCCCAGCUCAGCGGUAUCACCGCCCUCUUGUCCACCGCUCUCCUUGGCGUCCUGGCCCAGGUCCUGACGAGGCCCGGCACCGGCCCCGUCAUUGCCCUUAGCUUGCUGUUCAUUCCUUGCAACUACGUCUACUUCUUCGUCACCGUCGCCAGUUACGAGCGAGAGCGCAUCGGCAUGAACCUCGUCAACGUCGCCCCAACCAGCUCCUUCGACGUCGCAGGUAUUGUCUUCUGGGUCUUCGCCAUCAUCCAAAUCUUUGCCUAUCCCGCCAUCGGAGCCCUCAUCGAGGCUCACCGCUUCGGCACCAGCAGCAAAGGUCGGGUCGUGCAUUAUGGCCAGCUGUCCACGGACGGCAGCAGCGAUAGCGAUGUUUCCGUCCGCCUCGAAGGCUUUAGCAAGUACUAUCCCCCGACUUUCUUCCAGCGCGUCUUCUCCGUCUUCUCGAAACCGCGUGAGACCGUCCGGGCUGUUGAUGGCUUGAAUUUGGAAGCGCGGCGAGGCCAAAUCUUAGGCCUACUCGGAAGCAACGGCAGCGGGAAAAGUACUACCCUAGACUGCAUUGCCGGCACCAACAAGCUCACAAGCGGCUCUAUUACCAUCGAUGGCACCGGCGGUCUCGGAAUUGCCCCGCAGAAGAACGUGCUUUGGGAUGACUUGACGGUCGAGGAGCAUGUCAGGAUUUUCAACCGCCUCAAGUCGCCUGGAAAACUCGCUUCGAAGGAGGAAAUUCGGGACCUGGUCAAGUCCAUCGACCUCGAACUCAAGAGGAAGGCCCGCUCCAAGACCCUUUCUGGCGGCCAGAAGCGUAAGCUCCAGCUGGGCAUGAUGCUCACGGGUGGCAGUGCCGUAUGCUGUGUCGACGAGGUCAGUAGCGGCGUAGACCCGCUGAGCCGACGCAAGAUCUGGGACAUUCUCUUGGCCGAACGCGGGCGGCGCACUAUAAUCCUCACCACGCACUUCCUCGACGAGGCUGAUAUGCUCUCGGACCAAAUCGUCAUCCUGUCCAAGGGGACCCUGCGCGCCAGCGGCUCGUCAGUCGAAUUGAAGAACGACCUCGGUGCCGGUUACCGUGUGAUUGUGCCCAAGGAUACUGGCAUCACCGACGUCCCCGAUGUCGAAGGGGUCCAAAAGCAGGUCGCUUUCGACGUCAUCACCUACGUAGCCCCAUCUUCCGCGCUCGCUGCCCAGGUCAUCCGCACCCUCGAAGCUCACGGCAUUGGUGGCUAUCGCUUCUCCAGCCCGACCAUCGAGGACGUUUUCCUCCAUCUGGCCGAAGAGGCCCGAGGCGACUCCGAAAGAAGCUCCCAGGACGGCUUCGCGGACCUGUCCGAGAAGAAGGAUGCGCUGACAGGCACAAGCUCACCGCAAAAGGGCCUGACCCUUAUGGACGGGAAGCCCAUCUCGUACCCUCAACAAGCAUGGAUCCUGUUCCGGAAACGCUGCACCGUCUUCAAGACGAACUGGCUUCCGUUCGUCGCCGCCUUUCUUUUGCCAAUCAUAGCCGCAGGUCUCACCACCAUCUUUAUCCAAGACGGCCAGCUGGGAAGCUGCGCGCCCCCGGAGGAGAAUUUCAGCAACGAAGCCCAGGGUCUAAGCCUCAGCGGCGGCGGUUUGGGGCUCGUCAUCGGCCCCUCGAGCAGGCUCAAUAUGGCGGCGGCGGCGGCGGUUCUCGGUCCCAGCUUCGAGUACGCGGCCGGCGGUGGUUCCAACGGCGGCGGCGGCGGCGGCGGAGGGCCGGACUCGGACUCGGACGGCGGCGCCAUGGCUUUCUUGGUGCGGAUGCUUCAGCAGAACACGACCAUCGUCGACGAUUUCGAGUCCUUCAGGGAGUCGGUCAUUGACCGGCGAACCGAGCUCAUGCCUGGAGGGCUCUGGCUUGGCGAUGAUGACGUCCCCCCCACCCUAGCCUACCGCGGGAACAGGGGCGGAAUGGUGAACGCCCUGCUCGGUCAAAAUAUACUCGACAUGCUGCUAACCAAUGUCACGGUGUCUGCACGCUACGCCCCGCUUGAGAUCCCUUGGGCCGAUCAAAACACGGAUUCCUUGCAGCUGCUGGUCUACAUGACGCUCAUUCUUUGCGUCUACCCGGGCUUUUUCGCUCUGUACCCGAGCACGGAGCGGCGGGGCUACGUGCGAGGUCUCCAGUACUCGAACGGUGUGCGGCCGCUGCCGCUGUGGUUGGCUUACAUCGCUUUCGAUUUUUCCAUCGUGCUGGUAUCCUCCGCGAUUUGCAUAGCCCUAUGGGCGGCCCUCUCCGACAUCUGGUACCACGUGGGAUACUUGUACCUGAUCUUCAUCCUCUACGGCCUGGCGUCCAUCCUCCUGGCGUACUGCGUCUCGCUGUUCAGCAAGACGCAGCUGGGGGCCUAUGCAAGCGUCGCCCUGUACCAGGCCGUGGUCUUCCUCAUCUACAUGAUUGGUUACUUUUUCACCUUCACCUCGGCGCCCAUCGAGACCGUCGACAGGUCGCUGUUGAUUGUCCACUUCGUCAUGUCCAUCUUUGCGCCCAUCUCUUCCAUCUUCCGAACAUUCCUGGUGGCGCUGAACAUCUUCUCGACGGCGUGCGAAGACGACCGGCUUGCUCCCAACCCCGCGGGUAUGCUGCAGUACGGAGGACCGAUUCUGUAUCUCGUGGUGCAGUCGGCCCUACUCCUGGGAUUCUUGCUCUGGGCAGAUGGCGGUUCCCCAGGGUCGUCCAUCCGCUCUCUCUUCCGGAGGAAGGGUGUACCGGAAUCCCAGGUUGACGACAUUGACGAGGAGGUGGCAGGCGAGGAGGUGCGCAUCAAGAACCCGGAUUCGACGGAUGAUAAUGGCCUCAAGGUGGUCAACGUGACAAAGUCGUUUGGCAAGAACACGGCGGUGGACAACGUCACGUUCGGGAUCAAACGCGGCGAGGUGUUCGCGGUGCUCGGACCCAACGGUGCCGGAAAGAGCACACUGAUUUCGUUGAUUCGCGGCGACCUCAAGCCGAGCCGUAACGGAGGUGACAUUUUCGUGGAGGACAAGUCGGUGCUCUCGGAGCUGGCGGCAGCGCGAGUGAACCUCGGCGUGUGCCCGCAGCACGACGCGCUGGACCAGAUGACGGUACGGGAGCAUCUCGAGUUUUACGCCAGGGUCCGUGGCAUCGCCGACGUGGCAGGGAAUGUGGAGGCCAUCUUGACUGCCGUCGGGCUGCAGGCGUUCUCGGACCGCAUGGCGCAUUCCCUUUCGGGGGGCAAUAAGCGAAAGCUCAGCCUAGGGAUCGCGCUGAUGGGCAACCCGACGGUGGUGCUCUUGGACGAGCCGUCCUCGGGACUCGACGCGGCAGCCAAGCGCAUCAUGUGGAAGACGCUGGCGGCCACGAUCCCCGGGCGAUCCCUCCUGCUCACGACGCACAGCAUGGAGGAGGCGGCGGCGUUGGCGACGCGGGCCGGCAUCCUCGCCAAGCGCAUGUUGGCGCUCGGCACGACGGAGAACCUGCGGCGGCGGUUCGGCGACGCUCUGCACGUGCAUCUGAUCAGCAAGAGCGCGCCGUACACGAAGGCCGAGGAGACGGAGCGGGUGCGCAACUGGGUGACCAGCAAGUUCCCUUCGGCGGAGUUUGACAAGACGUAUCACGGUCAGAUGCGGUUCUCGGUGCCCGCGAGCGAGGCGAAUGCGGUCCUCGGCUCGCAGCAGCCGCAGAACCAGAACCAGAACCAGAACCAGAACCAGAUCACGCGGUCGGGCGAGGAUCUCUCGGACAGCGUGCUCGGGCGGCUGGUUGUGGCUUUGGAGGAGGCCAAGGAGAAGCUCGGCGUGUUGCAUUUCAGCGUGAGCCCGACGACGCUGGACCAGGUGUUCUUGACCAUCGUUGGCAGGCACAAUGUGCAGGAGGAGGGAUAUGCCAAGGCGGAUGAGAAGAAGAGCUGGGCAAGCCGUCUAUUUUGCAAGCCAUAG